UCACACAAUCCCCUCAUACGAAAUCAACAAGAAGAAAAAGGAAAAGGGAACUCAUCUCCCCAGGCACUACAUCCAUCAUCUAAAACCCCAUGGCAACUCAAGCAGGUUUCUUCACCCCCACAAUCACCACCCCAAAAUCUCUGCCUCCAUGGAAGCCAUACUCCUCAUUUUCCUUCGCCACCCCCAUGUCCCUCAACUUCUCCAUUGCUCAAAGAUCCAUUAGGGCUGCAGCUGCAGAGGCAGAUGAGACAACGGCAGCAGCCGCCACAAAGGAAGCUCCAGUAGGUUUCACCCCACCGGAGUUGGACCCUAACACCCCAUCACCCAUAUUUGGAGGAAGCACCGGAGGGCUGUUGAGAAAGGCACAAGUUGAAGAAUUCUAUGUCAUCACAUGGGAUUCCCCCAAAGAACAAAUCUUCGAGAUGCCUACAGGAGGGGCUGCCAUUAUGAGGCAAGGACCCAACUUGCUCAAGUUGGCAAGGAAAGAGCAGUGCCUGGCUUUGGGUACCAGGCUGAGAUCUAAGUACAAGAUCAAGUACCAAUUUUACAGGGUUUUCCCAAAUGGUGAGGUUCAAUACCUUCACCCCAAAGACGGUGUUUAUCCUGAGAAGGUGAACCCUGGUCGUCAAGGAGUGGGUCUGAACUUUAGGUCAAUUGGGAAGAAUGUCAAUCCCAUUGAAGUUAAGUUCACUGGAAAACAAGUUUAUGACUUGUAAGAUGAGCGACUUAAUGAAAAUGAUGCAACCAUGAUUUCUUGUUAAUUGUUAUAUGUACUUCUCCUUUU